AUGAAGUACCGAGGUGGAGCGCUUCUCCUUACAAUCCACCUCUUACUGCGAGGGGUCGGUGGCCAAGCGACGGACUACUGUGAGCUUCUGGCCGACGUCUUGUCCAUUUGUGAAGCAGAGACGCCCAACUUCACCCUGUUGGCUCCAACUGUACAGGCGGACUGUGUCUGCGGGAGCACCUUGGACACGAUCGCUUGGGGCCCGGCAACGUUCGAGGCGCUAGCAGCAGAGUGUGCCAUACAGUAUGCCACCAUCGAUGUGACCGUUGCGAGCGACGCCUUUGCUCUCGAAACGUUCUGCGAUGUCUAUUACGUCGCCGCUGAAACGUUUGCUGCGGCAACUUCGACACCCUCCGCUUCUCUUCUGCCAGCAACAACAAGACCAACCGUCGCGGUCGCGUCGAGCACUUCAAGCACAGAUUUUCAAACCACGACUCCCAGCAGCAGCAGCAGCAGCAGUGCUAAGACUCCGCUCGGUGCUGGCAGCGCCCAACCUCCGGCGCCAACCACCAGCAUCACCACCACUUCUUCUCAAACGCCAACGGUCGAAAUAUCGACAGUCACGACCCCUUCCAGCACCUUCAACGCGGUUCAGACCUCACAGACAAGCCAGAUUGCUGGGAACGAUGCGAGCAAGGGCGCACAGUGGAGCCGAGGAUGGGGAUACACGCUGGUUGUCAUGCUCGGAUGGUUGUUAGGGUAG